GGUUAUUUUACAUCGUGGUUGAUUUGUUUUCUCUCAUUUUUUAUCGAUUUUCUUCUCCGUAGGACCUACCGAUCUGCGACCAUCUCUGUCUCCUUCUCACUUCCUUUGGGCUCCACUGCUUUCUCUAUCAUUUGGCAGUGUAAUAAAGCCAGCCAGCCAGCAUAAGCGAACGCUUUCUCUUCGUCCCAUAACUACUGGUUUCUUCACUCGCUUUCACGGUCUGCUUGUACCGAGCAGCUUCAGCAAGCUAAGGAGGACCACACGCCUUUGAAUCCUUAAUCCAGGGGACUUUUCGGUUGAUUGUAUGGCUUCGAAUGGUGCUUAUCGGAAUAGCGGCUCUCACAGAGGUUCUUUCAAGGUGGAUCGGCCGCCUCAUGCUGCUUCUAACCUCAGGACUUCGUCGUUUAAGGCUAGGCCCUCUAUUCGUCGGUCUACUUCUGCGUCUUUUGGUUCAAAUGCGAAUAAGGAUGCUGAUGGAGUGCCAGGAAGAGUUCGAGUGGCUGUGAGAUUGCGACCCCGAAAUGCAGAAGAGCGGUUGGCAGAUGCAGAUUUUGCUGAUUGUGUGGAACUGCAGCCAGAGCUUAAAAGAUUGAAACUUAGAAAAAACAAUUGGGAUUCUGAUACAUAUGAGUUUGAUGAGGUGCUUACUGAAUCUGCAUCACAGAAGCGUGUGUAUGAAGUGGUUGCAAAACCAGUGGUGGAGAGUGUUCUAGAUGGUUAUAAUGGGACCGUGAUGGCUUAUGGCCAAACUGGUACGGGGAAGACAUUUACGCUUGGACGAUUAGGGGAUGAAGAUACAUCUGAUCGUGGCAUUAUGGUCCGUGCAAUGGAGGAUAUUUUAGCUGAUGUAUCACCUGAAACAGAUUCAAUUUCAGUGUCUUACCUACAGCUCUAUAUGGAGACUCUACAAGACUUGCUUGAUCCAGCAAAUGACAAUAUUCCGUUUGUGGAAGAUCCAAAAACUGGUGAUGUUUCCGUACCUGGGGCAACUGUAGUGGAAAUCAGGAACCAAAGCAGUUUUCUAGAGUUACUACGUGUGGGGGAGGCCCAUCGGGUUGCUGCCAAUACAAAGUUGAAUACAGAGUCUUCUCGUAGCCAUGCAAUUCUGAUGGUACAUGUUAAAAGAUCUGUUGUAAGGGAAGAGGUUCUGUCAAAUGAAGAGGGUGAACCUUCAGAGUUAGGUAGACCAUUCAGGCCACUUAUUCGAAAGAGCAAGCUGGUCGUAGUGGAUUUGGCAGGAUCGGAGCGUAUUCACAAGUCAGGGAGUGAGGGGCAUCUGUUGGAGGAAGCUAAGUAUAUUAAUCUAUCACUUAGUGCUCUAGGAAAAUGCAUAAAUGCUUUGGCAGAAAAUAGUGCUCAUGUUCCAAUACGAGAUUCCAAACUUACGAGAUUGCUCAGAGAUUCAUUUGGAGGUUCAGCAAGAACUUCUUUGAUUGUGACAAUUGGUCCAUCUCCACGCCAUCGAGGAGAGACUUCCAGUACCAUUCUGUUCGGCCAAAGGGCUAUGAAGGUGGAGAAUAUGUUGAAAAUAAAAGAAGAAUUUGAUUAUAAAAGUUUGUCCAGGAAGCUUGAAGUACAGCUGGACAAACUGAUUGCUGAAAAUGAAAGACAACAGAAAGCUUUUGAAGAUGAAUUGGAAAAGAUACAUCUAGAAGCACAAAACCGCAUAUCUGAGGCUGAGAGAAAUUUUGCUGAUGCGUUGGAGAAGGAAAGUAAAAAAUGCCAGCUGGAUUAUAUGGAAACUGUCAAGAAAUUGGAAGAGAAGUUGGUCUUGAACCAGCCAAAGAUUGAUCAUGAUGAUUCUGUCCGUGACAAACGGAGUGGACAGGGGGGCUGUUUUUCUGCUGCUGAAGAAGUUGAAGUCAAAAAGUUGCUGGAAAAUGAAGCAAAUCUGAGAAAGGCAGCUGAAGAGGAGGUCAGCAGGCUUAGACAUCAGCUAGAGCUAUACAGGCAGCCAAAUGUAGGUGAUGAACCUGAUACUGUAAAACUCACUAAAUUAAUGGAGGAGGAGGCUCUUCAGAAAAAGAAAAUUGAAGAAGAAGUAAUAAUAUUACGAAGCCAAUUGUUGCAACUGACCCUCGAAGCUGAGCAGAUGAGAAGGUGUCUUGAUAGGGGUGGAGCUGAAAACGGAUUUUCUGCUUAUGAUGCUUCUAUGUCUCCAUUUAGACAUUCUCAACUCAAAGAAACAAAGAGCGGACACAAGCCAUCAGUUGCCACUCUCUUUGAACAAGUUGGUUUGCAAAAAAUCUUGUCCUUGCUGGACUCGGAAGAUGCCAAUGUACGAAUUCAUGCUGUUAAAGUAUUAGCCAAUCUUGCUGCUGAAGAGUCAAAUCAAAAAAGGAUCGUUGAGUCUGGUGGUCUUAUUUCAUUACUGAUGCUUCUUAGAAGCUAUGAGGAUGAAACGGUUAGAAGAGUAGCAGCCGGUGCAAUUGCCAACCUUGCUAUGAAUGAAGCCAAUCAAGAACGAAUAAUGGCUGAAGGGGGAAUCAGUCUACUGUCAUUGACUGCCAAUGCUGCUGAGGACCCACAGACUCUGCGCAUGGUUGCUGGAGCCAUUGCUAAUUUAUGUGGCAAUGAAAAACUGCAGAUGAAACUGAGAUCUGAAGGUGGUUUAAAAGCCUUGCUGGGAAUGGUGCGAUGUGGACAUCCAGAUGUUCUUUCUCAGGUUGCUCGUGGGGUAGCAAACUUUGCGAAAUGCGAAUCUCGAGCAGCUAGUCACGGGACGAACAGCGGCAGAUCUCUUUUGAUAGAAGAUGGAGGUCUCCCUUGGAUCAUACAAAAUGCAAACAAUGAAGUGGCACCAAUCCGUCGCCAUAUCGAGCUUGCGUUAUGCCAUUUAGCACAACAUGAAGUAAAUGCAAAGGAGAUGAUUAGUGGAGGUGCACUUUGGGAGUUAAUUCGCAUAUCGCGCGACUGUUCCAGAGAGGAUAUACGGAAUCUUGCUCGUCGAACACUGACUUCCAGUCCCGUCUUUCGAUCUGAAAUGAGAAGGCUGAGAAUUGAAUGCUAAUUACUCUGCCAAUUACACAUUAUUGGGAUUUCUUUCUAAUUCAUCCCAGCCUUGGAUCGAAGAACUUCCUAUGAUCAUCACGGUUGCAUCUCAAUCUCUCUCUCUCUCAAGUCUUCCUGCUGAACGAAACCACAGGUAAGUUGAACUCAAUUCUUAAAAACUCUUGUUGUAUCUAUGAGAUGGGCUGGGGAUGCUUAAUCCGGGGGGCAGCUUCCAUAUUGAUUAAAGCAUUAAAAAGGCCUUUGAUUGGUAUGGAUGGGGAAAUGAUUGGAAUAGAAGAGGAGAGAGAGAGAGAGAGAGAGAAAGGGGAAAAGUUGUAGAGUGAGAGUCCCAAACUCCCUUAAAUUGGGACCCACUUAGUAUUUUGGGAAUAUGGAUUGAAUAUUGUAUAAAUUGAUCUGCUGCAAUGCAAACUGUUUAAAUUUCAUUCUUUUUUGUCCCCUUCAGACUGGGAAAUUCCUUGAAAAAAUUUUCCACCCCUAGAUACUGUGGGUGCCUGGGGAAUCAAUUAUUGCCUAAACAUUUAUUUAUUUAUUUAUUAUUGUUGUUAUUAUUA